AUGUUUUCAAAAGUACUGGUUACAUCGGCGCUGUGCGCUGUUGCGUUCGCCUCUCCAUUUCUCCCAUACUCUCCUGGAGCCGCCGAGCGACCUGCCGAGAUGAAAGUGUUGUCUGAUUAUUUUUCAAUGCUGGGACAAAAAGUGCAAGCGGGGAGACAAAUGUCACAAGCACCUGUCUGCAACAUGGCUAACGCUGUCUUACCAGUUGCCUCUCCGACACCUCUCCCAGGCGUGUCCGAUGGACUUAAGUUGAAGCACGUUGCAAUCGGAAGAGGCAUACAGAACUACACUUGCUCUCAGACAAACGCCACUGCACCACCAGUAUCCAUCGGUGCGGUUGCAACCCUCUUCAACGCAUCCUGCGUGGCUUCAACCUACCCCGACCUCCUCACAGUCCUUCCCAAUGUGGCUUUACAAUUCAACCUCACUUCAAAUGACCAACCCACCCUCUCGCCAUCCUACCUGACCAUCAGCGGACACCACUUCUUUUCUAACGCAACAACCCCAGCCUUCGACCUCAACACUCCAACCUUGAGUCUGGGCUUCGCUCCUUGCAUGAAGAACAACACAGUACCUGCUCCAUCUGGUGCUCCUGUUGGACAAGGCGGCCAAGGCCACGGCUCUGUUGCUUGGCUGAAGCUGGUGACAAGAGAUGGCGCUACUGGCAACUUGGAGGAAGUAUACAGAGUCAACACUGCCGGCGGCAACCCACCUGCUACUUGUGCAGGUAUGCCUGCAAUUUUCGAGGUUCAAUAUGCUUCGGAGUAA